GUAGUGUGCCGAGCUGAGGUGAGGGAAGAGAAGCCUGCAGGCCAAGCAAAGCAUGAGCAGAGCGCGUGAUCUGAUCCAUGGCAUGUUUGUCUGUGGCUUUGUCGUGCGAAUCUCUGCAGACGAUGGCAGCGAUACGGGCGCAGCUGCUGCCGCAGGUUCAAGCCUAUCGGAUGAAGCAGGCUCAGGUAGCCAGCUGAUCAACAAACAUACCAACUCGUCCAUUUCAUGCAGUGCAUCCAAAGCUCAUCGGCUGCUUGCUUGUGUGUGUGUGGUGUGCAGGUCAACAGCUGCAUCGACCAACUCCUGCAGAUGGACAACGCUGCUUCGAUGGCACCACUGGUGCGGCAGGCUGCCAAACACACCACACACCACAAGGCCCUCUGUGUGUCUGUGGAGUCUCCUUUGCUUGGCGUUGCUCUCUCUCGUCGUGUUGAGUCAUUCGUCAGAUGGUGGCCAAGGUGAGUCGUCAAUUUGCUGCUGUGUCCGACCUGCUGACCGAGUUGGCAGAGACCAUCAACUCGACCAUCGCACUCACAAGGCAUCGCCGCACACAGGUCAGAGAGUGGGGGAGCGACCACAGGCAGGCACAAACACAAGACCCACACUGAUGUGUUGUGCACCUCCUUUGUGCUGUGUGUGUGUAUGUCCUUCUGUCUGUGUGUCAUCAGGCGCGACGGCUGCACCUGACUGACAUCCCCGCCAACCCCAUGAGCAUCAUCCUGGCACUGUCUGACCUCACCGCCAUCGCCCACCUCAAGUCGACAGCCCGGCCCAUCAGAAAUGCCCUCCGGCCGAUCGUCCGCCGCCUUCGGCUGCCGAAGGCCAUCGAGCGGGCGGGGGUUAGUGGUGUGGUGGAGUUCGACGAUCAGCUGAGCCACGGCGAUGUGAUGAAGGCCAUGUGGGUGGUGGAGGAGGGGGGCGAGGGCGGUUGGGUGGAGGUGGCCGACACACUCAGAGUCGCCAAGCAUUGCGGCAAUUGCCAGCUGCCGGUCACUGUGGGUGCUGGAGACCUGCAGACACACGCCACCAAGGCGGUAAGCACGACACAUAGAAGAGGCAAUGGGCGAGCUGCUGGAUGUUUGUGUGUUGGGUGCAGGAUUUCUUGGUGCUGCCCCGUUUCUGUGCGCAGUGGAUGCUGGUCGGCCGCCGUGUCGUCAUCCGCCGCCCCACCGGCCAGCAAGACGGCACACUCGAGCUGUUCCGCCACAACAACAACGAGACUCGCGCCAUCCGCAACGAGCCCAACUUCGCCAUCGCCAUCAACCCGCUCCUCCCCCUCCCUGGCCGCCCCAUCCAUCCCUUCUCACAGCACCCCUUCACCCACCACGCCAAGCCGCACGACCCGCCAGUCCGCAGCCGCAUCCGGUGGCAGCAGGGGGGUGGGCUGGGUGCCGGUUAGUGUCAAC